AUGUCUGCGCCGAAUUCCUUCCUUCUUAGCCUGGACAGGCCAAACAAUCUUCACGCCGCACCUGUUCUAGCACUUCGAGUCUCAGCCAACUACGUUGUUACUGGUGGCGCAGAUACUUCUGUACGAGUCUGGCUCAAAAGUAACGGCAAUCUUACUAUUCCAGCCCUGCUUGGCGACCCCAAAGCUUCUUUCAAGACAGUUGAAGUAUCAGAAGAGCUGGGCCUGGUGUUUGGUGGUGAUGGGAAAGGCAACAUCACUGUUUGGAGACUGUCAGACGGAAAACUUCUGCUCGUGCAAUCGGCGCACAAAGACACUGUCUUGUCUCUUGCUCUUGACAAGAACACUCUUAUAUCGACUUCGAGGGAUCAAGUGGCGAAGGUCUGGGAGCUGGAGACUACCGACGGCCUCCAUUCAACUAGACUGCAGCUAUCCCACACGUUGCAGGGACACACUAUGGCUGUUCUUGAUGCGAAGACUGCUGAUAACCGCAUCUAUACAUCCUCUGGAGACAGGAGCAUCCGCAUCUGGGACAAGCAUUCGGGCAACCUGAUUAGAGAACUGGAAGGAGUCGCGUCCAUCACAUGCUUCCAGUUGAGAAAGAAUGCCGCAGGUACAGAACAGCUAGUAGGCGCCUGUACAGAUGGGACAAUUCGAAUAUACAACACAGAAACAGGAGCUGAGCUUGCGUGCCUCGAGGGCCAUACAAAUGUGGUCAGCUCAGUCCAACUGUUGAAAGAAGAUUCGGCUGGCGAUGGGACCAUAUACGUGGCUUCGGCAUCAUACGAUGGCAGAGUUCGAUUGUGGAAGCUGCCAGAAGGAGACUUGUCAUCCGGGAAGUGCGUCACUCAACUGUCCUUCACUGAUGCCGUAGUGACGCCGCUUUCGCUCCCAGGCUCUCUCAAGGCAAACAAUGAUCCGGUAGAUCCUGCGCGAGAGGAGGAGAGACAAAGACGGGAUUUAGAAAGGCAAGGAGAGAUGCUUGUGCAUAGAGUAUUUGCGAUGCAGGUAUCAGAGGGUUAUCUGUACUGCGGUGGAGAGGGUGCUCACGUUGUAGCUUGGAACCUUCAAUCUGAUCUAGACAAUUAA